CAAUCCCUGCGGCAUCACGCAAGAGGGCGGAGAGAGAGAGAGAGAGGGGGGGAUGGCGAUCGACAAGGGGAUGUCGCCGUACGAGGCAGCGCGGGAGAGGACGGUGGAGGAGAACAAGCGCAAGAUGGAGGCGCUCAACCUGCGCCACCUCUCCGCCGCCCUCGCCCUCGCCCCCAAGACCCCCUCCCCCAUGAAGCAGAAGAGGCGCAGGAUCGUCGAGGCGGCCGUCGUGGCCCCGUCCCCGCCGAGGAGGUCCCGCCGCCUCGCUAACCUCCCUGAGGUCAAGUAUGCAGAGGGAGCAUCCAAUGGCUCAGAGAGGAUGAAAAGGUCUCCAAGAAAACCGAUUGAUAGCAUCUACCUGGCGACCCGUGGAUCAAUUUCCAUGGAAGCUAGGCUUGAGGCAGCCAGAAAAGCAGAGGAACUGGAAUCACAACUUGACCCUGAAUUCCCCUCCUUCGUGAAGCCAAUGCUACAUUCACAUGUGGUGCGUGGAUUCUGGUUGGGUUUACCCAGGCAUUUCUGUGAGACUUACCUGCCAAAACGUGAUGCCAUUGUCACUUUGGUGGAUGAGAAAGAUGAAGAAUUUGAUACCAAUUACCUUGCCUACAAGAAUGGUCUAAGUGGUGGCUGGGCUGGUUUUGCUUUGGAUCAUGGAUUGUUGGAUGGAGAUGCGACAGUUUUUCAAUUGAUCAAGCCUACCACCUUCAAGGUACAUAUUAUCCGAGCUACUGUUGGUGAUGGAAAUGAGGCAACCAAGUGAAAUCAACGCAGAUGGCGCUACUAACAUAUCAGGAGACCGCAAGUUGCAUUUUGGGUGUGUUUAGGCUUCAUCUUAUUUACUAAUCUAUCAUUACUAGUAAUUCUGUUACUCUGUUAGUAUGCAGAGCAUCUAUUAUGUACCCAGGGAUUAUUUGCAUCCUAUGUUGUUUGUAAUUGUAUGUCCACGAGUACUGCCAAUGCCACUUAAGGAGUGUUUCUUAACUGACAAAUUUGGAGUAUCUACUAUUUAUGUGUCUGGCUACUCCGCUACUGCAUGGUGCUGCCCUAAUUAAGUUUUGAUGGAACCUGGUACACCUUUUUGGCGUUCAGAUUGAUUGGAUUAUGAACUGCUUGUUUGACCUAACAAUGGCCCUAAA